AGGGGCAGCAGCGGCAGGGGCAGCAGCGAUUGCGCAACGCGGACGCGCGCGCUGGGUGCGCCCGGUCGCCGUGCGCCGUGACCCCGCUGGCGGCGAGACGCGCACGGGGGUCGCGAUUCGUGAAUAAACAUCACCACCGUAAUCACCAUCACCACCACCGUAAUCACCAUCACCACCGCUGGCGCGUCUCUAUUGAGUCGCGAUAGCCCCGCGUGCCUCACUCCAUACAUGGCGUUUCCGGAAGCGGUGGAGGAGGAGACGCGUGGAGCGUCGUGGCGAGGCGAUUAGGAGUCUCGGCGCCUCGCUGAGCCGACGGAGCGACCGGCGCGGGAGCCUCUGACCGAGCUGCCCCCCCCCCCCCAAGCCCCCUCGAUUCGCCGCGCGCUUCGCCGUCGCCUCGGAGACGCAGACGCGGACAGCCGCGCAUGCACACGACAAGUGCGGCGCGUGAGCAAUACGGCGGUGAGCAGCACCCAGCGACCGGCAAAGCGUGGCCACCACAGGGCCACCAGCACAGAGUGACCAUCGCACAUCCGGGCUGAGCACCACCGGCUGAACAUCGCAGGGCGACCCCCACCCCGCGCCUCUCUCGCCGGCAAUGGACGAGGAUAAGGGAGCGCAAAUGCAGCCGCUUCUGCCAACGAGGCCGGAGGAGGAGGCCGUGGUCGACAGGGGCGGCACUCGCUCCGUCCUCACCACCAACUUUGAGAAGGAGGAGCUCGAAGCCCACCGCGCCAUCUACGUGGGGGUCCACGUGCCGCUGGGCCACCGCAGCCACCGGCGCCACCACCGGCGCGGGCACCGCCACCACCGGCGCCGCGAGAAGGGGAAGGACGCGGCCGCCGAGGGGGACGAGGAGGAGGAGGAGGCGCAGAGCUUCGCGGGCCGCGAGGACACCCCGGCCCAGCGCGUGCAGUUCAUCCUGGGCACGGAAGAUGACGAUGAGGAGCACAUCCCGCACGACCUCUUCACCGAGAUGGACGAGCUGUGCAUGCGCGAGGGCGAGGGCGGGGAGUGGAAGGAGAAGGCCAGGUGGCUGAAGUUCGAGGAGGACGUGGAGGACGGCGGCGAGCGCUGGAGCAAGCCGUACGUGGCGACGCUGUCGCUGCACAGCCUCUUCGAGCUGCGCAGCUGCAUCAUCAACGGCACCGUGAUGCUCGACAUGCACGCCACCUCCAUCGAGGAGAUCGCAGACUUCGUGUUGGACGAGCAGAUCUCGACGGCGCAGCUAGGCGAGGCGGCACGCGAGAAGGUGCGCGAGGCGCUGCUGCGGCGCCACCACCACCAGAACGAGAAGAAGCUGAGCGACCGAAUCCCCAUCGUGCGAUCCUUCGCCGACAUCGGCAAGCGCCACUCGGACCCCCACAUGCAGGACAAAGUCGCGGGGCCGGCCACAACGCAGCACCUGGCCCUUCCCCAGCUGGAGGGUGUCCCAAAGAACGGGACCACGGCUACCUCCACAGCCGGGCCGGCGGGCACCAGCCGCGAGAACAGCAAGGUCGACCUGAACUUCAUGCGCAAGAUCCCGCCGGGCGCCGAGGCCUCCAACGUUCUGGUGGGCGAGGUGGACUUCCUGGACCGGCCCAUCAUCGCCUUUGUGCGCCUCUCACCGGCCGUGGUGCUCACGGGCCUCACCGAAGUGCCCAUCCCGACGCGGUUCCUCUUCAUCCUGCUCGGCCCCUCCGGCAAGGCGCAGCAGUACCACGAGAUUGGCCGCUCCAUCGCCACGCUCAUGUCCGACGAGGUGUUCCACGACGUGGCCUACAAGGCCAAGGAUCGCAAGGACCUGCUGGCCGGCAUCGACGAGUUCCUCGACCAGGUCACGGUGCUGCCCCCCGGGGAAUGGGACCCCUCCAUCCGCAUCGAGCCCCCCAAGAACGUGCCCUCCCAGGACAAGCGCAAGAACCCUCCGCUCCCCAACGGCAACGCGGCGGAGGGCGGCAAUGGAGGAGGGGAGUCGGAGGGUCUCGGGGGGCAGCCCGGCCACGGGGUGGGUCCCGAGCUCAUGAGGACCGGACGCUUGUUUGGGGGGCUCAUGCUGGACCUCAAGCGCAAGCUGCCCUGGUACCUGAGCGACUUCCGCGACGCGCUCAGCCUGCAGUGCCUCGCCUCCUUCCUCUUCCUCUACUGCGCCUGCAUGUCGCCCGUCAUCACCUUCGGAGGCCUCCUCGGGGAGGCCACCGAGGGCCGCAUCAGCGCCAUCGAGUCGCUGCUGGGGGCGUCCAUGACGGGCAUCAUCUACUCGCUGUUUGCGGGACAGCCGCUCACCAUCCUGGGCAGCACGGGGCCCGUGCUCGUCUUCGAGAAAAUCCUCCACAAGUUCUGCAAGGACUACGGCCUCUCGUACCUGUCCCUGCGUGCGUGCAUCGGCCUGUGGACGGCCUUCUACUGCCUCCUGCUCGUGGCCACGGACGCCAGCUCGCUCGUGUGCUACAUCACGCGCUUCACCGAGGAGGCCUUCGCCGCGCUCAUCUGCAUCAUCUUCAUCUACGAGGCGCUGGAGAAGCUCGUGCACCUGGGCGAGACGUACCCCGUCAACGCGCACAACUCCCUCGACCACCUCACCAACUACAGGUGCUCGUGCACGGCCCCCGUGAACCCGGAGAACGGCACGCUGCAGUUCUGGAGCCGUCAGAACCUCACGGCCGCCACCAUCCCCUGGGGCAACCUCAGCGUGACUGAGUGCUCGUUGUUUCACGGCGAGUUUUCGGGGCGGGCCUGCGGCCACGAGGGCCCCUAUGUUCCGGACGUGCUCUUCUGGUCGGUCAUCCUUUUCUUCUGCACCUUCUUCCUCUCGGCCUUCCUCAAGGACUUCAAGACCAUGCGCUACUUCCCCACCAGGGUGCGAGCCAUCGUGAGCGACUUUGCUGUCUUCCUCACCAUUCUCACCAUGGUGCUCGUGGACUACGCGCUCGGCAUUCCGUCUCCAAAGCUGCAGGUCCCCAGCGUCUUCAAGCCGACGCGCGACGACCGCGGCUGGUUAGUAGAUCCCAUCGGGACGAACCCGUGGUGGACGCUCCUGGCGGGCGCCAUCCCCGCGCUCCUCUGCACCAUCCUCAUCUUCAUGGACCAGCAGAUCACCUCCGUCAUCAUCAACCGCAAGGAGCACAAGCUCAACAAGGGCUGCGGCUACCACCUGGACCUGCUGUGCGUUGCUCUGAUGCUGGGGGUGUGCUCCAUCAUGGGGCUGCCGUGGUUCGUGGCGGCCACGGUGCUCUCCAUCUCGCACGUCAACAGCCUCAAGCUCGAGUCCGAGUGCUCCGCGCCUGGCGAGCAGCCCAAGUUCCUGGGCAUCCGUGAGCAGCGCUUCACGGGGCUCAUGAUCUUCCUGCUCAUGGGCUGUUCCGUCUUCAUGACCACAGUGCUCCAGUUCAUCCCGAUGCCGGUGCUGUACGGAGUGUUCCUCUACAUGGGCGCCUCCUCGCUCAAAGGCAUCCAGUUCUUCGACCGGCUGAAGCUGUUCGGCAUGCCCGCCAAGCACCAGCCGGACUUCAUCUACCUGCGCCACGUGCCGCUGCGCAAGGUGCACCUGUUCACCGCCGUGCAGCUCACCUGCCUCGUGCUGCUCUGGGUGAUCAAGGUGUCGCCCGCGGCCAUCGUCUUCCCCAUGAUGGUGCUGGCCCUCGUGUUCGUGCGGAAGCUCAUGGACCUGUGCUUCACCAAGCGGGAGCUCAGCUGGCUGGACGACCUCAUGCCCGAGAGCAAAAAGAAGAAGAUUGACGACGCAAAGAGGAAAGAGAAGCAGAAAGAGGAGGCGGAGCGGAUGCGGCAUUGUCCGGAAGCAGAGAGCAUUCACGUGCCCAUGGAGGAGGUCAACCUCAUCAAGGUCCCAGUCCUCAACGUUCAGCAGAGCCCCGAGGACCCCUCCAUCAUAAACAUCUCGGACGAGAUGGCGAAGUCGGCGAUGUGGAGAUCCGUGGCGACGAACUCGGAGCCGGCCGGAACCUCCCAGAGCGUCGUGCCGCUGAGCUGCACCGGGAAGCGUAGCGCGUGGCUUUACAUGCAGCUGGAGCGGGAGACGAGCUUGUGACGCGCAGGCACCGUCUCCCUCGUUGCUGCCACGACCCGCCGCGGCAGCGCCUGGCGCGACGCGCCCGUUUCACGCGUGGCGAUAAUCGCGACCCAGAGGUUGUCGUCUUGUUCUCUCUCCCCCCGUUUAUUUAGUUCAACAAAUAGGGGUGUGAUCGUGGAGCAUCGGUCCGUCGGCUAAUGUUGCGAUUCUCAAGAUAAACGAAGGACGCUGGCGUAGCUUCGUCCCCGCCAACGUGCGUUGUUGGGGUUGUUGCCGCGUGUUGUUCGGCGCGAUAUCCGGAAAUUCGCUCCACGCGCUGCCGGGGAGAUUCUCCGGCUCGUGCAGCGAAACGUCGGACAUCGUGCCGAACGAUACGCGGCACAACCUGACGGCACGCGUGAGAAAUAAACGAUACAUGCAUCGAAUCGUCCGUUGAAGAAUACAGGGUGUUUAGAUCUUUGGAUGGUGAACGUAUGGGAUUGGACCUCCUCCAGCCUCUAGGAGCCACUACAUUAACCACAAUGUAUAGAAAGAAACGACAAUCACUAUUGCGACCCCCAAUCGUGACAAUUAACUGAAUCGCGGGGUGAGCGAAUCGUUUACACCCCUAUUAAUAUUCUAUUUACACGAAGGAUAUUGUAUUCCUAAAUAAGAUACGUUAACUCCUAGAUAGUCCACUAAUGUCUAGACAAGGUAAGACACCGUGUCUCUACGGGCGGCUGGCGACGCUUCACAGUAUUUGUUGCUGUAUUUGACCCCCACAAAUCGCCGUGCUGUCCUCCAGUUGCUCAUCGUUGAUCAUUCCACUUGUACCGUAAGCACGUGCUCUGUCUGCCACCAGACUCAAUCAUGCCUCGAACGCGUCGCAAACAUUCCACCGCAUUUAUUUUCACACACGUCGUCCAAUUUACGAGACGGUUCCCUCCCUUACGUAGUGGGUUGUUGAUUUUUUUUAGUGUGAUGUUUUGUUUAUCUUCGAGGUAGCAAUGUUUAUUUUGUAACGUGCCCACCUCGCCUCCGAUGGAGUUCACAGCAAUAGCGCGUGCGCGUGAGAAUACAAUGUGCAGGUGGAACCGGGUCUCGCGAGAGCUGAGGAUGGCUUUAAAUGUCGACGUUAACUUGAGUGGGUUAUUUUGAGUCUGUAAUCUUCCCGGACGCGCUUACGGUAAACGAUGUGCCGGUACGAUGCAAUGAAUAAAUGAUGCAGCCCGCAGUCAGCACGCCAGGAUGAGAGAGACCUUAGGCUUUCGUAGGCCUACGGAAAUGGCUUUGCUGAUGCCCUGACCUUCCUUGCGAGCCACUCUAACGUCUGGGGUUAUUCGCAAUUUCAUUCACAGUGUGUCCUAGAAGUACCGGGUUAAUCCAGGAGCAGAUGCCCCAAUAAUGUUACAUCCGUCAACUUAACAAAGCCCUCGUUAUUUUCACGAACGCCAGAAAUUGGCUAUUAGCUCUUGGCUCAUUUACAACUCCUAUCGUUUCUCUCAUUGUUUAACUUUGCAACAAAAAAACACAUGAAAGAAAGUUACACCGAAAAAAAAGAACGUGACCGAAAUCACCAAAAGUUACAAACCAAUUCUGAACGCACAACCCCAAAUCCAGAGCCGUCACUGUGCGCGCGGGGCAGCCCUAUGCUGGGGGCUACGCUGGCGCGUGACGUCACAAUGCAGGGUGUAGACGGAGGUCCAAAACAAAAGUCCGCGUGCCUUUUGAUCGCCAGGAGUGCAGUUUAAAAAGAAAAAUUGUUCCACUUUUUUCUUCUUCCCCCAAACGUUUUUGGUGGUCCACCGAAGAGCCACGGUCAUAUGCGGAGGGCACGGUACACCCCCCCCACCCCCGCCCACGUUAUCUCGAGGACACGCUCUGCAUUAGGAUAUGGGAACGAUUGAGUUCUUCUCGGCUUAUAUUUAAAUGCAUGAACCCAGUGGAAAAAAAGCGCGUCAAUUGAUUUCUGUGCGUUUGUACAAAAACAGUUGUUCGGGAAGAAUCCGCCCGCUCUACAUCACCACGACCAGAAAUGGGUGGCCCCUGCACGUUGGGCAUUUGCAGGUUUAAAAAUCCGCCACGGUGCCGCUCGCUUGCAGCCAGCGGUCAUGGGUACGCCACCAUCAGCUGACUGUGAGAAUGCUGUUUAACUCGACUCUCACCCGUGUGCCCUUCCUUACCCGUGGAUCAACUCAGCCACGGUCAGUCUGGGUCGGUGACCUGGAAUAUAUUUCGGCAUUGGGCAGCAUGCUGCAAAUUCAGUGCGCUGCUUGCUACGGCUGCCAGCUGCUGCUGGUCACGUGCCCCACCUACUUGCACUCAACCAGCAAUGUGGAAAAUAUUGCCGUGGGAAAUAUUAAACCCUGCAUCUUGCCCGUGCGAACGAGCUGUCUGGCGGUGUGGCAUAAGUCACCACACGAGCCCUGAUGAAAUAAAUGGUUGCCUGGUGGCGAGUGAGUGGGUCGCCUGUCCCACCACCCAGCCUGGCUUGGCCUGGCGAGCAUGUUUGAAACCUUCACAGGGUGGCAGCGAUAACCGCUUUAAGACGAGAUACUGGAAUAUCAAUCGGUUGAAUGGAAUAUCAAUCGGCUGAAUUCAUCUGUUUUGGCAAAAUAUUCAUAUUUAAACGUUGAGAAAUUGACAUUUCUAACCAGGUUUUACCUGUGGUUUCAUCAAUUCCGUUACACUAACCCGCCUUUAUUUCCAUUCACGUAGGAAGGACAAGUGCGGUUUAAAUAAUUUGUUUCCAGUUUGUAAAUUUCACACCACUGGGCGUGGUCCUGGGCAGACGAAUUGAAAGACCCCACGGUUUCCCCACACAGUACAUACCGACAACACUAAAAAGUGUGCGCGCUGUCGUGCUUAAGUAUGCUCGUGCCCGGUCUGGAUGAAUGUCGCCCUGGUCACGCCGCGUUAACCUUGCCUCCUGUGUGAUGGCACAGGCCGGAGUGAUGCAUGCCUGUCCCAGCUUACACCGGCGUGGACGAACAACCGAAUUACAGUACCCGAGUUGCUUCCAGGUGACGGUGGCAACGUGACAACAGGCUUAGGUUUUCUCGUUGGUGCUGAUGUAAAGCUCUCCAAUGCUUUCUCGGGUCGUACCGCGCAUUGUUCGGCACGAUGUCCGACGAUUCACCCCCACGAGCCGCAACCUUUUUUUUCAGGAACGGAACUGGGUUCUUCAGGAACUGAAACGAGAAUAUUGUUCUUUUCGGGUUGUACCGCAAAUUAUUUAUUCGGCACGAGGUCGCACGUUUCGCUGCAACGCACUUGGGGUGAUUUUUUUUUCAGGAGCUAACAUUUUAAGUUUGGGGACUGAAUUGAGAUCCCAAAGAAGCUCCCGUCACGUGCAGCGAAACGCCAAAACACAAUGCCGAACAGACACCACGCGGUAGGACAACCCGAAAAUAUACCGUAAGAGAAGCUUUAACUUGGGGCGAUCACUCUUCUGCUGCUGCUGCUGCUGCUACCGCCACCAAGGCGAGGCCUCCAAUGUGUGGAUGUGAGAUCGUGAUAUUGUGAGAGACCGAGAUGGAGAGCGCCUUUAUUGAUGUUCACUCCGAAUGAUCGGCUUUAUGGGCAUGAAUAGCUGUGAGCAUGCAAGGGCAGACUGUGCCUCCCCAGCCUGCAUCGCGUACACCAGUCACGUAUGUGUCGCAUUGUGCGUCGGUUGCGAAUGGAACUGUGAACGCGGCAGGGCAUGGCGAGUCGAGUGAUUUUUUGCAGGGGGAUUCAAACAAAUAAAAGGUCUGCCAGGGUCCCCUUGUGGCAAAUUGUGUCCAGGGCCCAAAAUGUUGUUGUUUAAAAGUUGUCGGCAGAAGGAUUUUGGGCCCAGUGCUGCCAAAGACCUUUCCCCCGCAUUAUUCGCUGUACCUGCCACCCCCGGGUACAACAACAGCGCUGCUACAAUUAAUGAAUUUCCGUGGUCAAUGUAACGUAUAUUCUUUUUUUAGAUAAAUAAAGAUGAACACUUUACGACUGC